CCAGAAAGGAGAGCCAACUAUGUGAAUCUUAAAUCUUUGGAAAUGGUUUAUGCCAUGGAUUUGAAUAUGUGUCAAGACGUGUCCUUAAAAAGCCUUAGGAUAGUUUUGAGGCGAACAGAGCCGGAGACAAAAGCAGAGCUGAACUUGGGAUCUAACAAGAUGGUGGGGCUGCCCCUCGGGAUUGUCAAGGAAACCCAGCGUUGGCUGGCAGAAUCAAUUCCUGACAUUAAAGAAAAACCAGAUGAGAAAAAUGCCCAUUAUUUUCAUGUGGUCAUUGCUGGCCCCCAGGAUUUCCCCUUUAAGGGAAGGAAUUUUAAACUUGAACCAUUCCUUCAAGAAUACCCAAUGGCAGCACCUAAAGUACGUUUCAUGACCAAAAUUUAUCAUCCUCGUGUAGACAAGCUAGGAAGAAAAUAUUUAGUUAUUUUGAAAGAUAAGUGGACCCCAGCACUGCAGAUCCGAACAGUUCUGCUAUUAAUCCAGGCUUUGUUAAGUGAUCCUAAUCCAGAUGAUCCGUUAGCAAAUGAUAUAGCCGAGCAGUAG